AUGACUUUUAUAAUAGCUGAUUUUGUAAAUUUUAUAUUAAAUACAAGGGUAAGAUUGCAUUAUUAUUCAAGUAAUUUUUAUUAAAAAUAAAUUAGAUUAUUUUAGUAGCAACUUUAAUUACCUACAAACUAGAUGGUUUAAACAUAAGAAUAAAUUAUUAAAUAUAUUUCUAAUACCAGAAUUUAUUAGAAAAAGAAUUAUUGUAUAUCUUUAUCUUCAAUGAGUGAUAACGAAGAUUUUGAAGAAAUCAAGUAAGAAGAUUCAAAGUAAUUAUAAAAAAAUGGUAACAAAGAAGACCAAUUUAAAGCAAGAAAAAGACCUGAAGAACCAAGACCGCCUUAGAAAUUAUUUUCACCACCUAACCCUUAAGAAAGAGAAUAGAAAAGAUUAGAAUAUUUAAGUAGUAAAAUGGAUGAUGAAAAGUAAUAACUUUGUAGAUUUUGGUUAAGAGGGCUGUGUAUGUUUAGCGUUCAGCAGUGCAAGUUUGCUCAUGGAAUAGACGAUUUGAUAUACGUUAAGAACGAAGAUGAAGUUGAUUUGGAUGCAAAGCCUAAAGAUUAUAAUUAAAAGGCACUUUGGAUUGAAGCUAAGCCAAGCUACUUAAAUGUCUAUGAUUACUAAUUUGAAAUCUAAGACAAGUUAUAGAGAAUAUACACUUAAGAAGAAAUAGAUAUUGAUAGAUCAAUUAGAAAAAAUAUUAGGGAAUUUUAUCAUAAAAAAGCUCUCUACGAUUUCUAUAAAUUAUUAAGAAGAGAACACCCUGAUAGAGACUUUACUGAAUAAUUUAUAGAAAAAGAGUAUAAUAGAAUAGGCUUCAAUAAGAUAGGUUUUAAAUUAAAAUAUUAGUAUAUACUUAAUGCAUUAUCGGACAUUUGUUUUGAGUCUAAAGUCCUACCAUAAGGUUAAAAAAAGCCUAUUGUUGUUUUAUUAGAAUACCCUGAAAACCAAAAGCAAAUAUUCUUUAAUUAGAUUGUGGAUUUAUGCAAAUAAUACGUUUAAUCAGAAGGAUUUCCUAUUAUGGAAAGUUCAAUCAGAAAGCAGCAUUACUCUGUAGUCAAGCAAACUGAACCAGGACUUCACUAAAUUCUUUAAUAUAUUAAAAAAGAGAAUCUUAAGGAGUAUUUCGAUGAAUUAGAAAAAAAUUAAGAAUUUAUAGAUAAAGUAACAGAGAAUUUAACUUCAGAAGAAAAGUAAUAGGCCUUAGAAAAGAUUUUUAGUUAUGAUAACGAAAUCGAGCAUUUGAAAGAAAGGGCUUUGGAAAUUAUACAUCACAAUAAGAAAAACAUAUUUAGCUUAGAUAGAUUAGAAUAAACAAUCAUAAAAGAGUUCCCUUAAAAUGUAAAGGCCCUUGGAAGUUAAUCUAAGUUUAGAAAUAUUUUCAGAAGCUUCCUUAUUAAGUAAAAAAUUAAUAUUGUUAGAACUUAAACACACGAUUACUGUAUUAAAUAUGAUGUUAAUCCUAAAAAAGGAGCUUCUAAUAUUUAUUCUUGCAAAUGCCCUUUAGAAGAAAUUACUUUUAAAACAGAAUAAUUAAAUGAAAGCAUCAUAAAUAAAUUUAGUACAAUGAGAAUCGUUGUCGUUGAUGAUGAGGAAUCUCUUAAUUAUGCUAAUUACACUAUCCCUAAAUUUAAGCAUGUAGGAGUCGACUUAGAAGGAGCACUCAGAAAGGAAGGAUAUGUUUAACUUGUUUAAAUUUCUAUCUAGCUUAAACCUGACUUUUCUUAAAUUUUUAUAUUUGACAUCUAUUCAAUUUAAAAUAUUAAAGAAGAUAAAAUUUUAGAAAAAAAUAUGAUAAAUUGCAUUUAAAAUAUUAUGCAAGAUGUGAAUAUAAUCAAAAUAUUCCAUGACUGCCGUCGUGAUUCUCUUGCUUUGCAUCUAUUCAUGAAAGCAUGUCCUAAGAAUGUAUUCGAUACAGCUGCAAUCCAUGCUUUCAAAUUACACGUAGAGAAAUAUAUAGGUCUGAACACAAAAGAAGAUAAAAAUAUUCUACAGCUGUUAAAAAGUUUGGAAGAAUUAAAGUAACCUGGUCUGAAUGAUAUUUUGUAGAUCUAUAAUACUAGCCAUGGUAUUAAUCUACUCAAGGAUAGUAUGCAUUAAAAGUUUUAAGAAAUGCCAUCUCUUUACUUCUUGUAAAGACCUAUAGAUCCUGAAUUUUUAGAAUACUCUGCUCGUGAUGUCGAAGAUCUCAUAGAGGCUUACCAUUUUAUGAUUGAUACUGUAAAAUAAACAUGUAAAUAAGCUUUUCCCAAAGCAAAUGAAUAAAUAGUAAUGUAAUGGGUUAGUAAAAUUUCAAAAUCAUUUUCGGUAGAUUGGUAGAGUAAUUAAUGA